AUGUCCAUCUCUUUGCCGCCAUUACGAUCCAAUCCAGACCUCGCUUCUCCCAUAGCCGCCACAAAACUGCCCUCGCUCCAUCGACUCCGUCUGCUAGGUCCAGGACCGUCGCCUUCAACCUUGUAUCCAGACACUUGUCCACCCUCCUCCAAAUCACAGCAAUUGUUACUGGCUUGGGCUCGCCAUUGUGGUUACUUGGAUUCGUCUCACCUUCGCCGUCGUCGUGAUGACCGUCCACACCAUACACCGCUGCAUGUGCCUCCAUCCGUAACGAUCCGUAACGACCCAUUCCAAGGCUUGUUAAACCCUCUGCCCCAUUGCAUUACCGGCAACACGCAGGUCCAACCUCCAGACCCUCCCAAAUCGCCACCUCGUAAAACUCACAGUCCGGCCCCCUCGGUAGGGACUACGACUCUUCCAGUUCCAAUGACUCCUCCAAUGAGUCCUGGCACAACGUCUACCAUCGAACCCGCUUCCACUUUGGAAUCCAUACAGCCUUGUCAUUCGCACUGGCACUCGCACUCGCACUCGCAUUCGUAUUCUCCCCCUCCGUUACUGACCCCCAGCAAAAGCAGCCAGGACAUUCUCAGUUUCACCCCCGUCGUAAGCACCAAGUUGAUCCAAUUGGUAAAGGCUAAACGGAACGAACACCAAUAUACCGUAUCGAAAAAACAUAAAAAGACCGACUCUUUUAAAGCUUUGCAAUUGAAACGUCUGCUAGACACUCGUGCGUCCAUCUCUGCGCCAGACUUGGUCCCCAACAAACCAUUGCUUCGACACGAGGAUGCCACGGCAAAUUCGCCCUCUCCUUCGCCCUCUCCUUCCCGCUCACGUUCCGCUUCACCCACAAGACAAUUUGUCAUGAAGCUGCAAAACUAUUCCUCUCCAAACGCUUCACCAACAACCUCUCCUCGUUCCUCAAGAAGUACUUCUCCAUCACGUCAAUCUCACUCCCACUUGCACUUGCACUCCCACUUGCACUCACACUCACCCUCACCCUCACACUCCCAGCCUCAGACUAUCCCAGAACACGCAACCGAAAACGUAUCUGAAACAAAAGAACCCCCUCGUCCUUCCCGUCGCCACCAUAGACAAUGUCUAAGUUGUCGUUCCACUGACUCUCCUUGUUGGAGACCAUCUUGGUCAGGCCUAAAGACUCAACAGUUAUGCAACUCGUGUGGCUUGCGUUACAAAAAGACCAAAACACGAUGUUUGAAUAAUGAUUGUCGUAAAAUCCCCACAAAAUCAGAAUUGAUUAUCAUGAAAAAUAACGGUCAAGUUCAAGAGACCACCAAUAACACUACCAUCACAGGUUAUACUUGUUUAUUCUGUAAUCAUAUCACUCACACCGAAACUUAA